AUGAAGAAGUCAACCAAAUUCGUAUGGAUGUACCUAUUUCUUGCAGCUUCGCAAUGCCAGAUUGUUAUUGAUAGGAUAACUUUACUUAUUCUCAAGUCUUCUAAAAAGGCAUACCAACAUAACGAUCAAAACAAUGGUGAUUCAGAACAGGUUUUUGACAAUCUCAUUGAUACUCCCAAUGUUCCUGCUAUUGCCAACAAUGAAAGCAUCAGCGAAACGCAAAGCAUAAUUGCAACUUGCACCGCCCAAACAACUGCAGUAAAGAAGCAAUCUGCACCCAAACAUCAAGCAAACACUGCGCAAGUAUUACCCACACGGUCGCCUAGCGAGUCCAAUAUUAAAAAAAGUAAGCAGCAAGCUAGAGCGAAUGAGAAGCAACGCAAUGAUGAAAAUCAAGAAAGCCAACAAGGAAAUCAACAUAAAAAAAACGCUCAGCAACCAAAGGGAGAUGAUCGUGAUAAAUCAAACGAUAAUCAAGACCGUCAAGACAAGCAGCAAGAUGAUGAUCCGAAUGAGGACGAUCAGCAUGAGGAUAUAUCAGUUAAAAAUGAAGAUGAAGAGGAAAAAAUUAAUGAAGACGAUGGAGAACAAGAAGAGGAAGAUCCUGUGCAGAAUCGGCGUAGAACUGACGCUACUGAACGGAUAAGAUUUGUAGAUAAACGGCUUAGAGUCAAAGGCUUGAUUGCCUGGUAUCCAUCUCCUCGUGAGAAGAGAUUUACCCCACAUCCACAACUUGGAAUCAGUUAUGGUAGACCUAUUCCGGAAAUGCUAAAACCAAGCAAAUCCCAGCACCGCACUCGUUUCAAGAAAUCGUACGAGAAGAAAUGCAAGCAACAACAAGAUGAGCGUAUCAACAGUAGAGAAGAGAUGGUGUCUACAGAGCCUUACGAAAUCAAUCUUCUUAAUCGCAGGUUUUACUACAAUGAUGAUGGCACUGAAAACUUGUACGAUGGGCCUGAGGAGAUUGCAACCAAGUUGGGCUUGGAAUAUAAAGGCUCUCCUAUCGCAACUGUGUAUGCCUCUUCUCCUACAGUGGAGCAGACCUCAGGACCAUCAUCUGUGCCUCGAACUACUCCUAAAAUAGCGGCCGAACGUGUAAUACCAGAAGAUAGCAAGCCCAAGAAUGCAGACACUUGUACCAGAAUAACACUAGCAGCUUACAAGGAGGACCGGCGACGCAAACUUCUGGAACGCAAUCAAUCUUGA